CAAACUGGCGAUUGAUUGCUCCUUCCACUUCGGGCGAAGAAACAGAGUCUUCGAGCAUUUUGGAUGAUAUCUUCGCCUCUUCCUCGUCAGUUACAAAUCCCUCUUUUUUUUUCUUUUUUUUAUCUGAUCGCGCAGCCAUACAUUAUCAUCAUCAUCAAUCAUCAUCUUCUUCUUCUUCUUCUCCUCCGAUCCUUUGUUGAUUCGAUCCUUGUUGCGCGGAAGAAAGUGACUCGAGAGGGUGAUCGGAGUUGAGGAUGUUGCAGAGAGCUGCCAGCAAUGCUUACUCAUGGUGGUGGGCGGGACACGUCAGGACGAAGCAGUCGAAGUGGCUCGACAACAACCUCCAAGAAAUGGAUGGUAGAGUGAAAGCAAUGCUCAAGAUAAUUGAAGUAGAUGCUGACUCCUUCUCUAAGAGAGCAGAGAUGUACUUCAAAAGGAGGCCAGAGUUGAUAAGCUCAGUUGAAGAAGCCUACCGGGAAUACAGAGGAUUGGCAGAAAGAUAUGAUCACAUUUCCGGCGAGCUGCACAAAGCAAAUCAUACCAUAGCAACUGCUUUUCCGGAUCAAGUCCAAUAUGCAAUGCUGGAAGAGGAGGAUGAAAAUCCAAAAGCGAUUACUCCAAUUGAUCCCAGAAAGAUUCAUAAGCCAACAGUAGAUGGCUUACUAAAUAAAAGAAGGGGGGAAAGCCAACCAUCCAUGAAAACUCCAGUUAAUAGAAAAAAGGCACAAGAAGAGAUAAUUAAGCUUCAGAAGGAGAUACUUGUACUUCAGACUGAGAAAGAAUUCAUCAAAAGCUCAUAUGAGAGUGGGGUCGCUAAAUAUUGGGAGAUUGAGAAGAAGAUUGUGGAGAUGCAAGAGGAUGUUUACUGUCUGGAAGAUGAGUUCAGCGCUAGUGCGGUUAUCGAAGAUAAUGAAGCCCGGGCGUUAAUGACAGCAACAACACUCAAGUCCUGUGAGGAUGCUAUAUUCAAUUUGCAUGAACAUCAGAACAAAUCAAUGGAACAGGAAAAACUUGAGUCAAGUAGAAUUAAGGCUUCUAGAGAGAAAUUGUUGGCUCUCAAGAGGGAGUUCGGCAAAUUUCAAGUUGAGAACACAGACAAUGCUAAUGAAAAGACACAGAAGAAGUCUACUAUAUUAAAUGAGGAUGAAAAGAGUUUUUCUUUCAACAAAGAGAGCAUACCGCUGCAGUCGCUUUGCGAGAAACUAAAGAUAUAUCUAGAAAGAGACCCUGAUAAUUCUGUUGAGGAUGUUGCAGAAAAAAUUAAUGAACUUGUUAGCAGAAUCACCAGUUUAGAACUCGCAGUUUCACAACAAACUGCAAAGAUCCAUAGACUGCAUUCGGAAAACAAUGAGCUUGAGAAAUAUCUGUUAGGCUUGGAAGAGGAAAAGAUGAUUCUGAUUAAUGAAUCGAAUGGAACAUGUAACAAGCUAAAGCAAGCUGAAGAGCAGUUAAAUAUAGUUGAAAUUCUUGGAAAAAAUGUCCAAGACGAAGAAAUUAUUCUGUGUCAAAAUCUUAACAAAACCCAUGGUAGUUUGGUUGAUAUUUCAGGAAAGCUGCAGCAGUCUCCUUCCCAAGAAGAUGAUGAACACAUUGAGAGUGGAUGCUUGGAGGAUGAGAUUUUAUCUAGUGAUGAACUGAUAGAAUGUGAGGACAAGGAAGUGACCGAAAUUCAUGACCAAAAUGAAAAUUCAUUCCAAGAGAUUCAUGUAACUGAAGAACACUCUAUCAAAGACCACACAAAACUCUAUACGGGCUCUGAUAUUAGUAGCAAUUGUUCAGCUGGAAACCUAACUGAGCAAAAUGAGUACAUGUUCAAAGACUCAUCAGGAACAGGUGUUAACUUUGAUAACAGCACACAUACUGAUACUGACCAAGAAGCUCAACUCGAGGAGAAAGAGAUUUCUGUUGACUUGUACCAACUACUUUUAAAUAGUUUGGAAGGUAGAGAGAAAAUUCUGUUAGCUGAGUACACGUCAAUCCUUCAAAGCUACAAAGAAACAAAGAAAAAGCUAUCUGAAGUAGAGAAGAAAAAUGAAAACUAUCACUGUGAAAUAAUGACACUGUUACAGGAGUUAAAGAAUGCCAGCGCUAUGAAAGAUGAGGAAAUACAAUUGCUAAAACAACAGAUUGAAUCUUCAAAGAUGAAUCCAAAUGUCAAGAUUCCAUCUGAAGCUGGAGAGUCUAGUCACAGAAAUCUUGAAAGCUUGUCGUGCUUCCCUAAGUUUAACAUAGAUAAUGCAAACCUUCAAUGUUCUCAGAUGAUCGAUGAUGCAAAUAUUACAUCAACCACAAGAACAUGCAAAACUAAAUUUGUUGGAGAACCAGGAGGCCUGAUUACAGAACAUAUAAAUCUGCAGUUCAAUGACAAGCCAAAGGACAGUUCACCUAUUGAAGAGAAGUUCAGAAGAGGCAUGGAUGAUUUACUUGAAGAGAACUUACAGUUUUGGCUAAGGUUCAGUUCAUCAUUUCAGCACAUUCAAGAACUGCAAGCUCAAUUUGAAAAUGUACAAACUGAUAUCAAGAGCAUGAAGGAUGUUAUAGCCCAAGGAGCAAGCCAUGGAACCUUCAAUGAUCAAGUUCCUCAAUCAGACUCUGUCCCUGUAGUCUCGAAGCUAAGAGAACUGAAGACUGAACUCCAAGUAUGGCUGGAACAAAGUAUAUUUUUAAGAGAUGAGCUAGAAAUUAGGCUCUUAUCUCUUUGUAGCAUACAAGAGGAGAUCAACAGAGCUACCGAACCAAAUCAACAAUCUGAAGAAUUCCAGCUUUCUCCUUGUCAGGCUGCAAAGUUCCAAGGAGAAGUUCUCAACAUGCAGCUAGAGAACAACAAAGUUGCAAAUGAGCUACAGGCGGGACACAAACAUGUUACGCGUCUUCAGGCAGAAGUUGAGAAAGAAUUGACUAAACUUCAUGUGCAUCUUGAGCUGCCUCGAUUGAUAAAUAACCACCCUCAUCCCUUUAAGCAUUUCCACAGUAGGACUAGAACACCUAGUAGAGUACCAUUAAGGUUCUUCCUUUUUGGUCCCAAGCCUAAAAAAGAAUCCGUAUUUGCAUGCCUUAAUCCAGCAUAUCAAAGAAAUUUUAGUGAUCUGAGGGCAGGCUUUCGUUAAAUGGAUAACAGAUAGUUCCUUGUUAGUUAUAUUGAUGUUACUAGUUGUGCUCUAGUCUUGUGAGAAAAAAGAUUGGUUUGCUUUGAACAGGCUGCAACAGCAUGUUUAUGCUAUCAUUAGCGCAGGUAUGUUCAUGAAUUGUGAUUGUGAUAUGAACAAGUGAAUUCUUUCUA